AGGGCUGGCGCGCCGCGGCCGGGGCCGGGAGCGGGGAGCGCGGCGUGGGGCUGCUGCUGCCCGGCGCGGGGGCUGCGAGCUCGGCGCCGUCUGCCCCGGACGAGCCACCCCCAGUGCGGACCGGGCCCAGGGCGCGGCGGCGGCGGCGGCGGCGGCGGGGAGAACGAUGGCAGCGCUCGCCGGAGCCGGGGCGGCGACUGCAGCCCCAGACCGCAGACGCUGGUUGUGGUCGGUGUUGGCGGCGGCGCUCGGGCUCCUGACAGCUAGAGUAUCAGCCUUGGAGGUCUACACACCAAAAGAAAUCUUCGUGGCAAAUGGGACACAAGGGAAGCUGACGUGCAAGUUCAAGUCUACUAAUACCACUGGCGGGUUGACCUCAGUCUCCUGGAGCUUCCAGCCAGAGGGGGCCGCCACGACAGUGUCGUUUUUCCACUACUCCCAAGGGCAAGUGUACCUGGGGAAUUAUCCGCCAUUCAAGGACAGAAUCAGCUGGGCCGGAGACCUCGACAAGAAAGACGCGUCAAUCAACAUAGAAAAUAUGCAGUUCAUACACAAUGGCACCUAUAUCUGUGAUGUCAAAAACCCUCCUGACAUUGUUGUCCAGCCCGGGCACAUUAGACUGUAUGUCGUAGAAAAAGAGAGUUUGCCCGUGUUUCCAGUUGGGGUAGUGGUGGGUAUAGUUACUGCUGUGGUCGUAGGUCUCACUCUGCUCAUCAGCAUGAUUCUGGCUGUCCUCUAUAGAAGGAGAAACUCUAAACGGGAUUACACUAGCUGCAGUACAUCAGAAAGUUUGUCACCGGUUAAGCAGGCUCCACGGAAGGCCCCCUCCGACACAGAGGGUCUAGUAAAGAGUCUGCCUUCUGCAUCUCACCAGGGCCCAGUCAUAUACGCGCAGUUAGACCACUCUGGCGGACAUCACAGUGACAAGAUUAACAAGUCAGAGUCUGUGGUGUAUGCAGACAUCCGGAAAAGCUAAGACCCAGAACGUCUCCAGAGAAAAAAACAAAUCCAAACUGGACUCCGAUGCAGAAAAUGUAGCCCAUAACCACAUGUGGCCUUAGGUACCCAGGCACGGACGAGCACAUGUGUACUCACAGAGGGGGAAGAAGAUGUGUAUAAAGGAUAUGUAUAAAUAUUCUAUUUAAUCUUCCUGAGGUGAGGAGCCAAUGUUGCAUGAUGAAAAGAUAGUAUGAUUCUACGUAUGUAUAAAUUGUCUUGCAGUUUCUGUACUUUCUUUUCAGGGUCAUUGACAAUUGGGAAAUUUCAGAAACAUUCCUGUCACCAUCAUUUAGAAAUGGUUUGCCUUAAUGGAGACGGUAGCAGAUCUUUUAGUAUUUCCUAUAGACAUGGCCUUUUUAUCAAAGGGCUUAAUCAGUCUUAGCAUUUAUUGUAGUUGGAGAAUGGAGAUACAAUGGUGGAAGCAUGUCCAGGGUGGCCUUUACUGGGGUCAGCACUAGUUACUUGGUUGCAGCUUUUAGAAAACAUCCAUUGGCUGUGCCCUUGAAGACGGUUUGAGAGGUUUGUGUUGAUGUUUUUCUCUCUAAAAUAUGGGGCAAUUUUUAGCUUUAUAUAUUGUAUAGACUUACUGUAACUUUACACCCUUUAAGUAUAUCAUAUCAACUUGUGGAUUGAUGAUAGCAAGAUUAGCAAAGGAUAAAUGCCAAGGUCACUUCCUUCUAGGUACCUUUAGAUCAAUACCAUAGAGAUAAAUAGAAAAUCCAGGCUUUGCUUGAGGAAUAUUGUACUAUACGGAGAGUAAAAGGUAUCAGUUUUGUUUCUUGCUGAAGUCCUUCCUGCUUGAAAUAAAAGUCUCCAUACAGCUGAAGUAGAGGAGUUUCUUGUCUUAUAAGGAGGGAUCAUUAUAUUGCCACUCCCCAGUGUCCCACAGCUCUCUCUAGAGAAUCACCUUCUUUCACUUUUAAUUUUUUUAAUUAUUUGUUUGUUUUUUUUUGAGAUGGGGCUUCACUAUACUGUCCAGGCUGGCCUCAAAUUCCUGGGCUCAAGCAGGAGCCUCCCAAGUAGCUGGGACUACAAGCUCGUUUCUCUGUUUCCAGCAAGUGGCAGCAUCAGUCAUGGCUUUAUGGAUAGCUUCAUGGUUCCUCAAAGACCUUUGAGGUUAAAGAUGGUCGAUACUUCUUUAAGAUCAAGGAGGCCUCGUAUUACUGCUUUGGGAGUCUCUGUUUCUUUCUGUUGUUGUUUUGAUUUUUCACCACCCCCUCCCCCACCCCGGUUACAUGGACUCGAUAAACAAAGAGAUGAGGGAAAAUAUAGACAGUUUGGGGUAUCUUUCCUCAAAACUCAUUUUCUCCCAUUAACCAUGCCGCCCCACCUCAAUCUAUGAGUUUUUAUUUUUUACUGGAACUAAAAAAGCUUAGUCAAAAUUGUUAAACAUGUAUAUUGUCAUUCUCCCAUUUUCUCAAUUAUUUUGUUUAAAAAAAUUUUUUCCCCUUUAAAAUAGUCUGAAAGCACAGAUUUAUGGGAAGAAUACUGUCUAGCUGGUCUGCAGAACAUGUCUGGGGUACGUGGGAGUGAGGGGUAACGUUAGUUUUUCUCCCAUUUAGUUUGAGGUUCUCUUUCCUUCCUGUCUUGUCAUCUUUUUGGGGUGUUUGAAGGCUGACUUCUAAGAGCGUUCAUAAAGGGAAUAAAGCAGGGUUUAGAUUUAAAGGUGUGCGUGAGGUGGUAAGAUAAAGGGCACAGGGCUUCAAAACUCAGUCUCCCAUACAUGAGGCCUUCUAAGGAACUAUUUUUCUUAUUCUCAUCAUGCUCCUGCUACACUCCAUGUCUGUGUGAGUAAACAGGGGUCAGGUUUUACCCUGCCCCCCAACACACACACACACACACACACACACACACACACACACGUGCUCUGGAGCUGGGCAGCCUCUGGUCUACCUUCUGUGUGGCAUGGAGAAAAACGGGCCUGCUCUGCUCUUCGUAGGCCCCGCUCGAGAGAGUGACACACAGUGACACAGAGUGCUUGCCCCGAGACUUUGCCACAAAGCAGCCAAAUCUGCCUUGCACCCUAAAACUUCAGGAGCCUCUGGAAGACCUCUUGUGUGUGUUAGGAGGGAGGGGUGUUGGGAUUGUCACCGUUCUCCAAGCCCUGCCACUGUGGGAACCGCACUGCCCGAGGUAGAAGGGACCCAAGUCGUCGAGAGACCAAGUGUGUGCACUUAGAUGUGUCAUGUCUCCUUCCGGUCGUUCUCACAUUUCUCAGCAGUUCCUGUGAACAAACCGUACAUUCCUGACACUCCCGAGAGCAGGAGCCCUGAUUUGUUCUUUCGGUGCUGGGACCGAGCGAGGUGAACUGGUGUCCAGGGCACUGGCUCCAACGACGCCUGUGGGCCUUUCCUCCGUCCCUGCCGUCCCUGCCGAGCCCCGGCCGGCCACCCACUCUGUCGGCACUGUGCCCUCCGGCAGGGCAUCUCCGCAGCCUUCGCCGGCCGUCUUCCCGGGCAAGGCCAGCAUCGCUGUCGGGGUCUGCGGGACAGGGGAGGAAGGUGCUAACACCUGGGUGGAGCGGCUCAGGGCAGGGCCUCUGUGACCUCCGCACACUCUGGACUCCUGCCCUUCUUCCCGUGCCUCAGCGUCCCGGGCCUGGCUGCGGGUGGCCAACAGUCCUGCUGCCUCCACGCGGCUCGCCCGCCCUUUUCCACGUCCUCUUAGUGGCAGAAUGAGACCUGUUAAAAUCACAUGUGAAUUUUGUAAGGGGCACCAAAAUGGGAUUGCUUGGAGAUUAAAAUACCAAACCAUCGGUAGUUGUUCCAUGGGAAUGUAUUCAGCGGGGUAAAAACCAUCAAGCUCAUUACUGGGUUUUUGAAUCUUAUGUUUCAGUUGUAUUUUUGUGAAUAUUUUAAUACAUCUUUUUCAGCGUCUGAA